AUGCAAACCAUCGAGAAAGCAUUACAUCAACCAAUGCCAUUCACAACAGGUGGACAAACAAUUACCGAUCGACUUACCGCUGCAAAACAUUCCUUAGCCGGUAGUCAAUUAGGUAAAACAAUUUGUAAAGCUACAACCGAAGAAUUAAUGGCACCAAAAAGAAAACAUUUGGACUAUUUAUUACAUUGUACGCAGGAGCCAAAUGUUUCCAUCCCAUCAAUGGCAAAUUUGUUGAUUGAACGAACCCAAAAUCCCAAUUGGACAGUUGUUUAUAAAGCUCUUAUCACUAUUCAUAACAUAAUGUGUUAUGGAAAUGAACGAUUUUCGCAGUAUCUUGCAUCCUGUAAUACGACAUUCAAUCUGGGCAGUUUUUUGGACAAAAAUUCCGCUCAAGGUCAUUCACCCAUGGAUUAUACGCGUUCGUCAACGAAACAUUGGGCAUCCCUGGAUUCGGUUCUUGUUGGUUAUGAUAUGUCGCAACACGUUCGACGUUAUGGGAAAUAUAUCAGUGAAAAGAUCUACACAUAUCGCUUAUGCGCUUUCGAUUUUUGCAAAGUAAAACGUGGUCGUGAAGAUGGUCUUCUACGAACGAUGAAUGCAGAUAAGUUGUUGAAAACAUUACCAAUUUUGCAAAAUCAGAUCGAUGCUCUUCUCGAAUUCCAAGUAACUUCAGCCGAAUUAAAUAAUGGCGUCAUCAAUUGUUCUUUCAUUCUUCUCUUUCGUGAUCUCAUUCGCUUAUUUGCGUGUUAUAAUGAUGGUGUCAUUAAUUUGCUUGAAAAAUAUUUCGAUAUGAAUAAGAAGCAAUGUCGUGAUGCGCUGGAUGCCUACAAAUCAUUUCUACUAAGGUUGGACAAAGUGGCAAGCUUCUUAAAGGUAGCGGAAUCUGUGGGUAUUGAUCGGGCUGAAAUACCGGAUUUGACACGAGCACCGGCUUCAUUAUUGGAAGCAUUAGAAGCACAUCUAGUUUAUUUGGAAGGUGGUAGAGCACCUCCAACUGUUCAUCAUGAACAAUUUAAUGCAGCAAUGGCACAAUCUGCACCAUUAUUUUCUUCCGCACAAACGGGAAUUAUUGAUGAUUCAGCAAAGCAAAAAUAUUUAGAAGAGGAAAAGGAACGAUUACGGUUAUUUGAGGAGCAGCGAAAAAGACAAGCAGUAGCGGCUGGUUCAUCCGGAAUUGAUGUAGGAGGACAUUCGUUCAAUCCAUUCGCCGCAGCUCAAUCAUCAGGAAGCAAUGCAGGUCGAUCUACGAAGCCAAGUGAUGAUCUUCUAACCCUUUUUGAUCCUAUGCCAGCAGGUGGUGGAAUUACAGCUCCUUCAGGUUAUGGAGCUGCUGCUCCAGUUAAUGCUGCACCGCAGCCAAUGGCAUUGGAUCCAACAAAUCCGUUCGCUCAAAAUGUUUUCCAACAGCAAUCGGCUACAGUUAUGUCGACUAAUUCUGCUCCUGGUUUUGCGGGAUAUCCGAAUAUAGGCAGAACAAAUGCAUUUGGAGCCGAUUUUGCAACUGCUUUUAAUAUCGGUGCAGUUGCUCCUGCAACCACUGAAACUAAUGUCGGAUUCAAUCCAUUUCUGACUAAUAAUAUUGUCGAUUCAUCUGCACCACCAGUAUCUCGACAAUGGCCUGUAUCAUGUGAAGAAACCGAUAAACAGUGGUCCGGAAAAACUUCGCAAGAUGCAAUUCCGCCACAGCAUUGGUCUUCCGCAGUUUCACGAUCUGAUCUAGAAGGUGGUUCAGCUACUGCUCCAUCUUGGAGCAAAAAUGGUGAAAGUAGUGAAAGUGAUGAAGCAGUUGGUGCUACGGGUACUGAUAUUAGUAAUGUACCGCAGCAACCAAGUGAAAUGGUCAAUUCAGCUCUUCGAAAUCCAUUUGGUGCCAUGCAACAAAAUGCUCAAGCAUUGCAUACAGCUGGUGUUAGUGCUACUGUGAUAACACCUCAGCAACCGGAUAUACCAGCAUUUGGAGCACCACCAUCUGGUGCAUCAUCCGCAAAUGUAUCGCCGGUUCAUUUUGGAAUGACUACCCAAGCACCUCCACCACCACCACCACCACCACCACCACCACCGUCAGCAGUGAUUCCGAAUCAAAACCUUACAAUUUACGAACAAACUCCAUUUUCUCGUAUGGAUGGUAGUUAUAAUUCAUCGCCGGUUAUUCCACGUCUUUUACAUCAACAAGCAACAGCACCACAUCCUGGGAUGCAAAGCGUACCUGGAGGUGCAGCUAAUUUAAAUGCAUACGGAGCACAACAGUUGCCACCGAUACCAUGUGCUACCACUACACAAGCUGGUAAAUUCAAUAGUGGUGAUUUAGAUAGCGCACUAUCAUCACUAGCUGAUAAUCUCUCGGUGAGCGGUAAAGGAACAAGUAAUCAUGGGAAGCCGAUUCAGUGGAAUAAUCAAGGUGGUGUAAGACCUGCAGGUGGAGCACAUGCAAUGACACAACCGCAGUAUGCUGCAAUUCCACCACAACAAUGGCCACCAAUGGGUGUUUAUGCCCCACAACCAGGUAUAUACGCUCAACAACCAAUGAUCGGUAUGUAUGCACAACCAGGAUAUAAUCCACAAAUGCAACAACCGGCUGCACCACCGGUAUAUGGUAUAGCACCAGGUCAAACACCGCCUCAAGCUGGACAAGCGCAACAAGCGGCACCACCGCCACCUCAUCGUCCAUUCAUGUGA